CUACAUCAAUACUACUCCCAUCGAUGUAUGUUGUGCUGACAUAGAAGAUCCUUCCCAGACUAUAGCACGGAUCAGAUUGCCACGCACUGCGCGAUGGCAGAGCAACCGCAACUACAACUACAGUGGUCCGCGCAGCUCUCGGUCGCUGCUGCGAGGACUUCCCUACCCGGCGACAAGAUUCUAUUGCCUCCAUCAGCACUCGAAGCAUUGUUGUCUGCAUCAUCCAACCGAGCCGCCGAAAAUGCUCGCCGUGAUCUACCAGCAUACGAUCCAUACAACUCCGCCACUUACUCAGCUUACCGCCAGGCCGAGUCGCAGUAUCAAGACCAGAAGCAACAACUUCCCUACCCGUUGACCUUUCGACUCGUCAACCCGGAGAGCGGCAGAGUAGUGUACGCGGGGAUCAGGGAGUUCUCGGCGGAGGAAGGCGAGGUGGUGCUGAGUCCGUUCUUGCGUGAGACCUUAGGGUUGAGCGAGCAGCAGCAUGAGAGCAAGGAGGCUUCGAUGACCGUAGAUGGCGAAGAGGGCGUCAACGGGGUACAUCGGCCGACGAUAACUGUGCAUGCCAGACAGUUGGACAAGGGCACAUUCGUCAAGCUACGACCACUAGAGGCAGGCUAUGAUCCCGAAGACUGGAAAGCAUUGCUGGAGCAGUACCUGCGACAAAACUACACGACGUUGACGAAUGGCGCGGUUCUGAUUGUACCCGGUGGCAGAGGCAUGGGUGGCAAGAAGGAGGAGUUCCGCUUUCUGGUCGAUGGGUUUAAACCUGAUGUGGAUGGCGUGUGUAUUGUCGACACGGACCUGGAAGUCGACAUUGAAGCCCUUAACGAGGAGCAAGCGCGCGAAACGCUGAAACGCAUCGCGGCGAAAAUGACUAAGCUGCCAGGCUCAAAUCACGGCAGUUCGGUGGGUGGUGAGAUGGAUCUCUUCAAGCCGCAGGAAGGCCGAGUAUUGCCUGGAGAGUACGUGGACUACCGCUUGUCGUCAUGGGGCAGAGGACAGCCAUUAGAGAUCGAGCUUGCAGGCGAAGAUGAUGGGGAGGUUGACCUGCUCGUGAGUCCAUUCUCGGCUACGCAGCGCGCUAAGCCUCGAGUGGACGAGCAUGUAUUCGCCGAGUUUGAAGGCAGGCCGACCAAGCGCAUACGGCUCGAGCCGAGCAAUGUUGAGCUGGAGAAUGCUGAGGCGCUUUACGUGUCCGUCCACGCCUUUAGCGCUUCUGAAUUACAAACGAACGGUACUGCCAACGGCGAGACGCCAUCGUCAGGACCCGUGCACUUCACACUCACGGCGCGGCAUCAAGACGCGGCUGCAAAAGUCUCUGACACGCAAGGCGUAGAAAUAGAUGCGCCACCCAACGAAGGCGACGUCCGCUGCAAAAACUGCGGCCAAUUCGUACCUCAACGAACACUAAUGUUACACGAAAACUUCUGUCUGCGCAACAACAUCCUCUGCCCGCAAGGCUGCGGCCAAGUCUUCCAAAAGCGCUCCCCGGCAUUCGAGGCACACUGGCAUUGUCCCCACGACACCGCCUACGGCAACACCACCCUCUCCCACCAAAAACACGACACCCUCUUCCAUCCCACUGAGGUUCUCCACUGCUCCGACUGCGGCACGCGCGAAACCUUUCCAUCCCUCCCAGCCUUGUCGCACCACCGCACAACGACCUGUCCAGCGAAAGUAAUCCUCUGCCGUUUCUGCCACCUCGAGGUGCCGCAGGAAGGCGAUCCGGAUGUGCCGAACGCGGAAGCACUGCUCUCGGGUCUGACGCCGCAUGAACUGGCGGAUGGGGCGAGGACGACUGAAUGCCAUCUCUGUAACAAGAUCGUCCGACUAAGGGAUAUGGAGACGCACCUAAAAAACCAUGACCUAGAUCGCUUCGAACGUCCUGCGCCGCACGCUUGUCGGAACGCGAACUGCGGACGCACGCUAGAUGUGUGUUCGCACUCCGGCGACACUCGUGCGGGGACGCGCAUGGGACAGGGUCCAGGAAAUGAUAUCGGACUGUGUAGUGUCUGCUUCGGACCGUUGUACGUGAGUAUGUAUGACCCCGAGGGUAAAGCUCUACGUCGACGCAUCGAGCGACGCUACUUACAACAGCUAGUCUCCGGCUGCGGCAAAGCGUGGUGUCGGAACGAAUACUGCAAAACGGGACGGCAGCAUUUGGGUGUCAGUGGCGGUGGCACUGCUGUGAGCACGAAAGAGGCGCUGCCGAUGAUCAAGCCGUUUUUGGAUGCGUUGGCCAAGGGGGUGAAGGAGACCUCGCUGCAUUUUUGCGUGGAUGAGAAGAGCCAGCGGCAGCGAAUGCUGGCGGAGAUGCUUGCUGCUGAGGACGGUGGAGUGGGUGGGAAAGGUGGGUAUGGGCUUGAGUGGUGUGUGGGUGCGCUUGAGGCUGAGGGUGGAGAUGUGGAUGCGGCGAGGCUGUGGUUGCGGAAUUGGGCGCCGGCCAAAGGGGAGGGGAGGAGGUGAUGUCGAUUCAGCCGUUGUUUCUGUGGUGCAGUAUUUCAGCGUGUAUGAAUGAUAUCUUUAUUAGACCUAUGCUCUGGCAGGAUCCACUCCGCCUGCAAAUAUCGGUUGCAUCGUUCCCGACUAAUAAAUUCUCUG